AUGAAGAUUGUUAGAGGGGUGCUUGUUGUGAUAAAAGCAGAAAAGAUAACUGCAAAUCUAUACAUGCUCAAGGGAGAGACUCUGCAGGAAGUUGAUUCAUGUGUGACAUCAACUAGCCGUGGAGAAGAACAAACCAUGAUAUGGCAUCACAAACUAGGCAAUAUGUCAGAACGAGGCUUGAAGAUUCUCUCCGAUCAGAAGUUAUUUCUUGGACUUAAUUCAAUAGCUCUUCCAUUCUGCGAGCAUUGUCUUACAAGUAAGCAGCAUCGGCUAAAGUUCAACACAUCGAGUUCUAGAAGUGAUGCUAUUAUGAAACCGGUUCAUUCUGAUGUAUGGCAAGCACAAGUUACAUCAUUGGGAGGAGCAAAAUAUUUUGUGUCAUUUAUUGAUGAUUACUCUAGGAGAUGUUAG